AUGCCAGAAACUCAAAUACUUCCAGUUCAACACAAUUUUGAUAAUGCAUAUUCAGAUGUUGAUGUUAGAAUGAUGAACGGUCAUAUUGACAAAGCUACAGAAGCUUUAAUAAACAAAAAAAUAUCAGAAUUUAAUGAAAGCAUCAACAAUAACAGUGAAAAUAAUAAUAAACUUGACCAAAUGCUUAAAGGAGACUCACCAAUAGUUGAUUCAUUUAUAAUUAAUCCUUUGGGUGACGAGUCUCUCAUCAUUUCAAACGAGUCUUUAUCGGAAGAUGAAAAAAGAACAAAAAUAAAUAAAAUGUUUUCACGUGUUGUAAGUAAUGGUAAUGCUGAACAAGUUUCAAAGUUGUUGGAAAAUGCAAAAAAAUAUAUUGAUCUUGAUGCUCAAGAUGAAGACGGAACUACUCCGUUAAUUUAUGCUGCUUGUUUUGGUCAUGAAUCUGUUGUUUAUAUAUUAUUAGAAGCUGGUGCUAAAGUUGAUGCUCAAGAUAGAUUUGGUUGGUCUCCUUUAAUGUGGGCAACGAAUAAUAACCAUCAUUCCACUGUAAAAUUACUUUUGGAUAACGGUGCUGAUGCUGGUGCAAAGUCGGCAAAAGGUCGUACCGUGUUUGAUUUCAUUCCAACUGAAAAUCAAAAAAUUGCCGAAAUAUUCAUCCAUAAUCCUCAACGUGACAGUUGGUCAAGUGCUGGUAGUUUAGGUAGAUGGUCAUAUUGUGGUGAUAAUGAAUCCAAGUUAUACGAACAAUUGGCUGAAGCUGAAAUGAAAAAAAGAAUGUUAAUGGAAAGUUCUUUAAAUUUGGAAAUUGAUUUAUCAAAUAUUCUUCACAUUCUAAAAACUGUCAUCACAAAUAUACAACCAAUACGUUCAAAAGCACAAAAACCUGUACCCGCAAACGUUAUAUUCCUAAGUACUAGAUUUGCUCAUUAUUUCAGUAGUCCUGAAUUAUUAGACACACUUUUACUCUCUGUUAUCGAUUCUAUCGACCAAACUGUCAAGACAAAACCUGAGGAUAUGACUUUGUUAUCAUUUUGGAUUUCAAAUUGUACUUUAUUAUUGUAUUAUUUGAAAAAAGAUACUGGCCUUGUUGCUGCCACCGUGGAAUAUCAAUUAAGAAUCUCGGAACUUUUGCAUGAAAUAUAUGUACUUUUGGUUAGGGAUGCUGAAAGAAGACUUGACAGAGUUUUAGAAGCAUCAAUGUUAGAAUAUGACACCAUCCCUGGUAUUGACGAUGUAAGAUUUGAGGGUGAAUGGAGAGUGUUUAGAACAUUUGUACGUAGAUCACGCAGCCCUCAAAAUGAAUACACCACUGCUACAUCAAAAGGCGCAAGCCUCAAAAGAAGUUCCUCUACAUCCACAUCAAAAUUACCCUCAUUCCGUCCUUCUUCUCCCAGACAGCGUAGCAUACCUUCACCUCGCAAUGUCACCUCUCUUCUGUCAUCCACCUUAUUUGUAUUGCAAACUUAUGGAAUUCAUCCAAUGAUUGUCGAGCAAACACUCAAUCAACUAUUCUACUUUAUAUCAUGUGAACUCUUCAACAAAAUUAUUUCAAAUAAAAAAUACUUGUGUAGGUCUAAAGCAAUGCAAAUCCGUCUCAAUGUGUCCGCGGUUGAGGAUUGGGUCAGGACAAAUAACCUAUCAAUUACAUUGAUAUCACAUUUCAAACCAUUAAUUCAACUUUUACAAUUAUUAAUGUGUUGGUCGCAAAUGACCGAUUUUGCCACAUUGGUUCAAACAACCAAAGAACUCAGUCUCGUCAAUCCUGCUCAAUUAAAACGUGUUAGUAAAAAUUAUCGUUACGAGGUGAAUGAGCCAAGAAUAACAGAGGAAUGUCAACAAUACAUUUUACAACUUGAGGAAGAUACAGAAAGAAGGAAAAAACGUUACUCAACAGAAAGUAUACGGAGUGAUGGAAGCGAUACUUCAAGCAUAAUCUAUCUCACAGUCUCACCAACAGUACCUGAAUGUACCAAUGGUCCAACAAGUUGGGAUGAUGAAGAUGAAUUGAUGGAAAUGAAAGACAGCGAGCUAUUAUUACCUUUUGCUAUUCCAACCAGUACAGAAAUGUUGGCAAAUUAUGGUAACAACGGUGGUAAAGAAAAAGAUAACGAGUUCAUACCUGUUGUGCCAGAUGAAUGGAUGGAAAAAUUAGAUUUGGGUAUGAAGCAUGAUGGAAAAAGUAUUGAACCAGAAUGUUUUUGUGGAAGAAUCCUAUGUAUUCUUUCUAAAACAAGCGAUACCCAUGUACAAAUUUCAGGAUCGCCAGUUCAUAGAUGGACUCAAGAUUGCAUCUCAGAAGUUCUUUACAAUCUUAAUGAAAACGGUCCAAUCAAAAGUUUUAGAAGUAAUUUCACAGAAAAAGUUGAUAUUGAAAUUGAAUUAAUGCCUGAACAGAUGGAAAGGCCGGAAUGA